AUGAUUGCACCAACACUAGAUACAGCUAUAGAUGUUCUACAGGUGCUGACCACGUGGGCGACCAGGGCUGCUCACAUACCCUCAAAUAUAAAACAUAUAUUAUACACGCAAGCGUUGUCUGUGAGGAAUUCUUUUGAGAGGAGACAAUUGAAGGAGGCUGAGGCGAGCUCCGUCCUCACAAUGGAGUAUCGUGUGUCGGCCACCUGCGAGAUGGAGACAGCUUUCAACAAGCUGGUCGCUGCACAGGAAUUAAUAUGA